AUGGAGAAGCUUGAUCAGUUUCGCAGAACAAUGAUCAACCCAACCAUGAAAAACCUGGAAAUCGACCCAGAUGUCAUCAAGAUGCUGGAAAUAUGUGGCAAAGAAGUGCUACGCGAACGGGCGAUGAGUGGCCGAGAACUUGCUGGCCAGGAACUCAUCGACUUCAUCCGCGACUUGGUGGUCAACGUUGGCAAAAUUCGAGAGGCGAGACUCAGAUGCAAGAAACUUGAUCCCGAGCUUGAAACUCUUAGGACAGUGGUCAGAGAUUCCCUUUUGUUGCUUUCCGAAAGUCGAAAAUUUUGA